AUGGCUCGCAACCCCAAAGACAUUCUUGACACCACUAGCAAGAUCAAAGCUGUGCUCGAUGGAGAUAUUAGUCAUAGUGAGUGUGACAAAGAAGAAAUUUCAUCAACAGACACUGACUCGUUAGAGUCAGAGUAUCUCCCUAGUGCUGACGAGAUUGAAAUACUCAUAGCUGAGAAAGGCGAAGAUGAAGAGUUCUUCAGGGACCUUUCUCAGUCCUCUACUGCUGACGAUACCGCUACAGAGGCAGGGGAGCCCUCUGGGUCGCAGAGUGCCGUGGAAGCAUUCGGCAAGUUCAAGAAACGAAAACGUGCUGCCGCUCGUUCCACGUCACGCCCAAAACGUGCGAAGGCUGUGUUACCCUCGCCUGCUACCACGCCCGUACCUGUGCUGCAUUCAACGCCUUUGCCCACGGGAGACACUGUGGAUGCAGGCGAGGAAGCUGACGUGGAUGAUGUGGAGAAUAAGAGUGGAUACAAGGCUCCACGUUUGCCGAGGAGGCGACUCUACGCUACCCCACACAAAGACGCUGGGAGGGUCAGCAGCAGUGACGAUGAUGACCUCCCACCACGCAUCAUUUUCCCUCCUCGCCGUCGUGUGAUACUUGGGGACGAGCCCCCUUCGAUCUCUGGUGUGCCUCGGCAGGAGUCGAGGAGCAGGUCGCCACUCAGCCCCUCUCAGCCCCCUGCCACUCCAGCCAGCCUUUCCUCAACCACGCCUCCCCCUUCUUCGCAAGAUGUGCCGCCACCCACCUCUUCUGCUGCGCCUCCUGCACCUACUACCGUUCAUGACCGCGGUGGUGACGAUGCAGGGCUCGUGUGCACUGCCACCAACAGAUAUAAUGGGUAUCGAAAGGGUGGCAAGGUUGACCACCCACGCUCUCUCUACAACGGCUUCGCUCCAGUUACCCCUGACGAGCUGUACGUUUUCCUGGCCAUAGUCAUCCUAAUGGGGACAAUAAAAAAAAACUCCAUCCACAAGUACUGGUCCACAGACCCUCUCACCGCCACCCCAGGCUUCAAUCGUGUCAUGGGGCGCAACAGGUUCCAGGCAAUCCUCGGCAACUUGCACUUCAUCGACAGCCUGCUUUCCCACACCUGCAACCAGGACAAGCCGAAGGCGGAUAAAGACCCCAUGGAACGAAUAAGACCUGUGAGCGACUACCUGAGGGAGAAGAUCCAGCAAGGUUUCAAUCCCCACCAGAAGUUGGUGAUUGAUGAGAGUCUGUGCCUGUGGAGGGGCAAUAUUGGCAUCUGCCAAUACAUACCCAGCAAGCGUCACCGUUAUGGGUUGAAAACUUUCGUCAUGUGUGACUGCAAGUCUGGCUAUGUCCAGGAUGUGCUGUUGUACAUGGGCAGCAAGACAGAGCUCGAGCCUGCCCCUGCCGACAUCCUAAUAGCUGGUGCUGUGGUGUGCACUUUGAUGAAGCCGUACCUGAACGAGGGCCGCAUCUUGUACACCGAUAACUGGUACACGAGCCCCAGCUUGUGUGCAUACCUUGGCAGCGUCAACACUGGCUCAUGCGGCACCGUCAGGAGGAACAGGAAGCACCUGCCGCCCUUGCCAUCCGCGAGAGAGGCAGACAGCAAAAUUUACAAGCACGCUAACGGCAUGCUCCUCCUGUCGUGGAUGGACAACAAGGAGGUAAAUGUCCUCUCCACGGUCCAUGAACCUGUCCAGGAACUAGCCCGACGACGUCAGCGUGGUACUGGCAUACGUCUGCAGAAACCACAAGCCAUCAAUGACUACAACGUCAAUAUGCGGCUUGUGGACAAGAAGGACCAGGUCGUUGCAUCAGCUGAGUGUGCACGAAAGACCAUGAGGUGGUAUAAAAAGUUUUUCUUCCACCUCCUCGACCUGGUUCUGUACAACAGCAACAUCGUGUACAAGGAACUGACGGGCAAAGUAGAGCAUCGUGAGGAGUUUUGUACUGAGCUGGCAAGGGAGCUCAUCAUUGACUUCAAAAGGCAGCCCAUUCAACGAGCGCCCUUCGGCAGGAUACAAGACCCAACGAGGGCCAGACUCAAUGAGCGACACUUCAUCGCCCUCAUCCCCCCAACCGAGUUGAAGCCCAAACCCUACCGAAGGUGCCACGUCUGCAGCCACACGACACGGGCCCCAAGAAAGCGCUCUGACACCCGCUACUACUGCAGACACUGCGACGUAGGGCUGUGCAUCACCCCCUGCUUCGAGGACUACCACACAAAGUUGAACUUCUAA